GCAUGCAAUACGGUACUAUCAAGUAAUUAACAAUGAGCCAAGUUCCUCGAAUAUGCCUGGCUUUGCAUUCAACAAUAAAUCUCGGGGAGACAGGGGAAACAUGGUUAUCAAUUGCCACGGAUUCUUCCCAGGAAAUUGUACUACGAAGACAUAUAGAUAAUUCGAAUUCUGGUCCUAUCAAUAACGACUACAAGCGCGAAGCCAUCUGAGCUUUUCAACCAUCAGACACCUGGACGCGUCGUUGUUUGAAAGAAUCUUGAGCGCCCAAGUCAGUAGUACCCUCUCGUCUAUUGGCAGGUUUAUACAUGGAUGAAGAGCAGAAAUUUGAAGUUGUUGAGGAAUUUAGGGCCUUCUACUCGGAGUCAGAAAAGGAUAAGAAGUUCCGUGGAAGUAUAGGAUCCAGGCAUAAACGAGUAUAUCUUUUCCACGGAGUAGGUGGAACGGGAAAGUCAAGCCUUAUUGUGGCUCUAGCCAACCAUUACAACCUGAAUAUAUGUUACGUCGACCUGAAGAUGUCGGAUCCGAAUAAUAUGGAAGUGAUUUUACUAGAUCUUCCUAAGCCUCCGAUAGUCGUUCACGAAAACAUUAGGGCGAGUAUGUUUCAAGGAUUUAAAUCCGAAUCGAAAAUAGAAGGAUUGCUAAUGAACAACCUUUUCAAAUUGCUUGAUAGUCUUACAUCCCGCAGAGGUUUCAUUAGUAUCAUGACAACCAACGAUCUUCCAGAACGUCAAGGCUCUUCCUCCAGAGUUGAUUUAUGAAGGCAGGGUGGAUAAGAUGAUCGAACUCGAAUACAUUACGGAAGAACA